CACAUAAAAUUUUUACUGCCAAUCUUGUAAAAAAAUUGGGAAAAAAAAUUCGAAGGCAAACAUGCAGUUUGGAAUGGAUAAAGUUUUAUCUUCUGGAAUUCGGCAUGCGCAGGAUAGUUUUGAAACAGUCGACCGUACGGAAAAUGUCUCUAUAAAUGAAACAAGGAAGGCGGAAAGAUUUCCAAGAACUCCAAAAUGUGCCAGAUGUAGGAAUCAUGGUGUCGUAUCAGCUCUGAAGGGACAUAAGCGAUACUGCCAGUGGAGGGAUUGUCUUUGCGCGAAAUGUACUCUGAUAGCCGAACGUCAGCGCGUAAUGGCGGCACAAGUCGCUCUCCGUCGUCAGCAGGCACAGGAAGAAAACGAAGCUAGCGACUUGGGUAUGCUGUAUGGACCCGGCGGACUUCUACGCAUAAAUUCUGAUAACAUGAAACCACCCGUGUCUAAUAAUAAAAUCAGUAAAAGAAGGAAUGAUGGACAAGAUUCUCAUAACAAUUCUAAACCUGUGAAGCAAUGUAAGGGGAAUGCAGAAUAUGGAGAAGUAGAGAGCACUUCGCAAAUUUCUUCUGCUAAAUCAGAUACGAUCAGCACGAUGGCUUCAUCACACAGAAGCAGCCGACAAUUUCACCAGGACCAAAAGUUGGACACCCAAGACGCACAUUCACAAUCGGAUAAGAAAUACGAAAUCAUUAGUAAACUGUUUCCAAUGUUGUCUGCCACAAAUGUGAAAAAUAUUUUGAGUAUCAAUGAUAAUGAUAUUUCCAUGACAAUUGAUUUUAUUCUGUCGAAAAAUUUAAACGAUUCGCGUAAUUCGGUUUCAAUGGUUUCUUCAUCUAUGAUGUUAAGACCUGGUUUCUUUGGUAACGCCCUACAUUCAAAUAUCUAUGGCAGCAACGCUAUGAUCGGAAGACUUCGGGCAUUUCCAAACUGUACAGCAGCCGACAACUUCCGGUUUCCGAUGACAACAGUUUUCAACAGUUUACCAUACUCGAUGCUUGAAAUCCCAGGAACUCAUUCAGAGGACAGAAAUAAACGUAUUACAAGUGCAAGGGAAACAAACGUCAAACACGAUUCAAUCUCCGGGUAGUAAAAUACAAUGCAUGUGAAUUCUAAAUAGUAGGCCUACUCAGUAAUACUUUGUAAUCAAAAAAGACCAUACGUGACAUUAAAGGAAUUUCUCUAGAGGAAGAUAAAUGAUUUGGUCAACAUUUCAGGGGGAUCCCUGUUUUGUUUUUCUUUUUUGCGAAGCUGAAUUUAUUCUAUACUGUAUAACUUACUAAAAAUUGCUAUUCAUUUCGACAGACAGUAAAUAUUAUUAUAGAUAAGUAUAUACGUCGGGAAAACAGCCAAUGCAACUUUGUGGACGUUGGGCAUAUGCCCCAAUAAGAUUUAAUGUCUGAAAAAAAUGCUAGCUUGCAAUUGUUAUGGGAACAGUUACUGUUACAAUUUUCGUGUAUUCUUAAAGGAAAUGAUACUUUCCUCAGUGUUUGACCUUUUUUCAUUUUGAAAACAACAGCAAUAGAAGUGUUGAUUGACAUAAUUAUGAUACUUGGAUUUGGUGAAGAAAUACAUGUACAUAUUCAAAUUACAUUACUUGCGUGUACAUAGUAUAUUGUAUAAUUUGACCCGUUGCAUUCAGACUGUAUAAGACUUGCAUUUUAAUAUUGUGAUUUAAGAUUUAUAUACAAAAUGUAUAAGUUUUUCUGAGGAUGUCAGAAAAUAAUUUCAGCAAAAGAUUUAACGCUAGGACAUUAGAUAAUAAAGCGUGACCGUGCAUCUGUGGUGUAUUUCUUAAACA